AUGUCUGGCCGUCUACAACACAAGGUUGCUCUGAUCACUGGUGCUGGAUCAGGAAUCGGCCUGGAAUCUUCAGUCCUGUUUGCACAGGAAGGUGCCAAUGUCGCUCUCGUAGAUAUCAAUCUCGAAGCGGUGAAGAAGACAAAGACGCUACUAGAUGGCCGGUUCCCGAAUGUCAAAGCCAUCGCUAUCAAGGCUGAUGUCGGGAAAGAAAGUGAGGUAAAGAACAUGGUCGAUGAGACCGUCAAGGCUUUUGGCCGUCUCGAUGUCAUGUUCAACAAUGCAGGGAUCAUGCAUCCAGCAGAUGACAACGCUCUCAACACCGAGGAGCGAAUCUGGGACCUGACGAUGCAAAUCAAUGUCAAGGGCGUUUGGUGGGGAUGCAAAUACGCUAUCCUCGCGAUGCGCCAGAACCCUGUCGACGCGGCUAUGGGCUUGCAUACUGGCGGAAGCAUCAUUAAUACCGCGAGUUUCGUUGCAAUCAUGGGAGCAGCGACUCCACAAUUGGCCUACACUGCAUCCAAGGGUGCUGUCCUCGCCAUGACACGUGAAUUGGCUAUGGUUCAUGCUCGUGAAGGCAUCCGAGUCAACUCCAUCUGCCCUGGUCCAUUGAAGACCCCUCUACUUAUGGACUUCCUCAACACCCAGGAAAAGAAAGAUCGUCGCUUGGUCCACCUUCCCAUGGGCCGUUUUGGAGAAGCCGUCGAAGUCGCCAAGGGUGCUCUGUUCCUUGCCAGCGAUGACAGCAGCUAUAUGACCGGUACUGACUUCAAAGUGGAUGGUGGUCUUACUUCCUGCUAUGUCACACCUACCGCAGAACAGGUCCUUCCUCCACCUUCCAGCCUGGUAUAA